GGAGGGAGGGGGCGAGAGGUGGUGCAGUCGAACACAGUGAUCCAGGAGUGAGUGAGGCGACAGAGCGGAGGUGACAGCGGAGAAUGGAGAGGAGCCCGUCCGCCCGGCGAGCUUUGACCGCGGCGAGCGAGGAGAACCCACUCGGUCCUUUCCUUCUGGAGCCAGCGUGCUGAAAGAAACCGGGAGGAAUUAACUGGGGAAAGGAAAGGAAUGGCUGAUCCUCUGCGGAGGACUUUACUAGCGAAACUCCGGGGGAAGAAAUCCAAGAAAGGAGCGACGGUCGGCGGUGGAUACGGCUCUGCUGCUGCUGCUGCUGCGGCGGCGGCGAAUGGGGGCCGAGAAGGUAAAGAAAAAGUUUUGCAAAUGCAGCGAGACUCCGACGAGGCUCGCCCGGUAGUGUUGCUCACAGAGCUGGAUUGCACGACAGAGAGAAUGAGCACGUACGAAAAUUGUGUUGACGGGGCGAUGGUGGUGCAAACAGGGGGGGUUAUAAUAGUCCGGGAGAGUCGCGCAGCAGAGUUGGCCAGCGCGCGUCCCCAGGAGCGGAGCAGCGGGGGUAGGGUUCGGGUUAAUGAGGAGCUCCUGGGGGUCUCACUUCAAAGAGACGUGCAGUUUGGGGGACGUGUGUUCGGGGAGGGAGAUUGGAGCCACCAGGGCUCCAGAUCUGCUGACAAAAUCACGUUACCGGCGGGGGCCCCGCUCGGAGGACCGCAUGUCCAGAGAAAACACUUCGUCUCGGUCCCGCGGCAGUGCAGCGUCGGGGACUCGAUCGGGUUUGGGGACAAUUCGAAUCACGUUUUGUACCGAGCACGGGUAGAGGCGCGCACCGGGGCCGGUAAACCUCCACAGGGCCGGGUAACUACCUCUGCUGAUAGUGAGGGGACAGAGCCCAGAGACAGAGGACAGCCCCGGCACAUGGCAGGGACUGUAGCGGCCGUACAUGAACACAACGCCAACUGGAGUUUUGACAACAACCCAACUCUGGAGACAAACUCGCCACAUUGCGCGGCACUUGUGUAUCCAAACUGUGUGUCAAGAAACACGGAAGAAAACAUUUUAAUCAGAAAUAUUGAGAGCUAUGAGCCAGAGUAUGCAGGGGACAUCAGAGGGACUGCAGGUACUCUGCAGAGCCCGACCUUUUUCCCUACAGAGUUAGAAAUAUGCGACAUAAACAUGGCAUCCUUGUGCGCCACAGAGAACUCACUCAGAUACCCUUUAGACAGCGAAGAUGAGGAUUAUUAUGAUAAUCAAAUUCUGCCCUUUUAUGAAACUAUCAGAGUAAAAACUGAAGGUGAUAGGGCAGAGGCCGCAGAGCUGCUACAGUCAGGUCAGGACAAAGGACAGCUUGAUGACGGUAACAGUGCUCAGGAAACAGACAGGCUUAGGAACCAGCUGAAAGAAGCUUAUUACCUUCUCAUCAACGCUAUGAAUGAUAUCAAUCUGGAUGUCCAGCAGAUUAGUGGUGGUUUAACUGAUCAGCAGGCCACCUCCUCCUGUAGUAGCCAGUCCAGAGACAGCCUGUGCUCGCGGCUGUCUGCCAAAAACAUGGACAGUGACUCCUGGUCCUCAGGAGGAGACCACAGCCCUCAGCAGGUGUCUGACACUGACUCACUCCUGCUCUGUCUCAGUGGGAACUCUGAGUCAGGGCUCAGAAGCAGGCUGAACAGUAAGAGUAUGGUGAACCUGUCCUUGACCAAGAUAAGACCCACAUUACUGCGCUCUGCCAGUGACGGAGCUAUCAGGUAUCCAGGUGGACCCUCAGUCUGUGUUCAGGUCCCAGAAAUCUGUAAUGAUAAAGAGGUGAUAGAGGCUGAAGGCGAUAAUGUCAGAGGAGUUGGCGAGCUGUCAGACCACACUGCCAUCAGCAGUGAUGAGCUGCUUCAAGAUGCUGGUGCUGAGGAGGACCGCGGCGGGCAGCUCAAUGAGAGCAGCGGCUCGGUCAACAGCCUCACAGGUUCGUCAGACAGCAACACAGAGGCAUCAAUGCAUCAGGGUCAUGACAACAAGCAGGGGCUGUUCGGAGUCCGAGCGCAGGGAGCCAGCUCUGUCAACAAGGGCCACGGUGUCACUGUCAACAAGAUGCAAGAGUGGAUGCACAAGGGCCGCCUGCUGUCUUCAGAGAUGAAGCAGCGUAUAGAGGGCUCAUCUUUGCCCCGCGGCAGAGGCCAAAACCAGGACUGCUCCUGUCCCCAGGCUAACCUCGGAGGGUCUAAACCCGGGGGCCAGACAUCCAACCGGGGGGUUAAAUCUGCCAAGGCAAAAUCACCCACAGUCAAGUCACCACGACAACAGCAGCCAGCUUUCAUUGAGAAUGUCCAAACCCCCUGUGCUAACGGCCGUGAAGCGGGCAGAGCCAUUGAGCCUUCGUCAUGGAGGCAGCCGCUCACCACCAUCACUGUCUCCAAGAAGCGCAACUGGCUGCAGCAGAGCUCCCUUGGGAAGAAUCACUGCUCCAAGGAUGAGCCGCAGGGAAUGCUGGGAGCCGAGGAGGAGGGUAGCCAGGGCUCCCAUCAGCCUCCUCCUCUUCCCAGUCCCUCCCCAGACCACCUGAGACCCUUAGGGGGAGCCCCGCUGCGGCCGGUCCGCCUACAGCUGCCUCAGGUCAGCGUCGGUCAGGCCAAGGUGUCUCCCCACCCUCGGAGCGUGGACCCAGCCGAGGAGAACGAUGCAGACGACGAAGGAGAGAUCUGGUACAACCCGAUCCCUGAGGACGAUGAACUGGAGAUGUCUCACCGACCUUCAGUCCGGCUGCUGGUACCGCCUCGAACAGAGCCCGAGAGGAGGCCCAGCAGGGGAGGAGAUGUUGGGCACGGCGGCAGGAAUCUGGAGGGCGGUGGUGGCAGCGCAGGGCCGGAAGCGCUCGGCGAAGGCCUCUGUGGCGGUUCAGGAGAUGGGAGUCAGGGGAAUGCUGUACAUUCCACAGAGGCGCUACAUCUGCACAGACAGAUGCUCGCGUGCAAACCUCAGGAGGAGGGGGGGCCUUCCAGCAGCAGAGCUACAGAUGGUCCUGACCUGCCCAACGCUGUCGGCUUCUCCCCUCCCUCCAGCCCAAACCCGGCCAAGAAGAGCAGCUCCAUCAACUGGUCCUUCCCAGACAAGAUCAAGUCCCCACGCACCGUCAGGAAGAUCUCCAUGAAGAUGAAGAAGCUCCCAGAGCUUAGCCGGAAACUCAGCGUCAAGGGGACCCCAAGCAGCAGCAACAGCAACAACGGCAAUGGAAGCAAUCAGUUGGAGCCGAGAGCUCAUUCUCCCCGAAACAAUGGGAGUGGAUCGGAGGCCGCUCCUCAAUCUUCAGGCCCUCCUAGGUUAUCAUCCGGGGGUGGGCAGGCGAGCCGUAACGUAAUCUCGCGCUACCACCUGGACAGCAGCGUGUCCACGCAGCACAGCUUCAACAAGAAGAAAAGUAACGGCAGCUCCAAGUCAGCCAGUAAAGGUGGCUACCUCAGCGACGGUGACUCACCAGAGCUGGUGGCCAAAUCUGGGAAGCACGGCUCUGCGGAGGGGAAGGGAGGGAAAGGCAAGGAGGUGGAGGGAAGUGGAAGCUCGAAACUUAAUGGCACAGAGCUGGACAUUGAUGCUUUCCGCCAUUACAGCUUCACAGAGCAGCCCAAGUGCAGCCAGUACAUCUCUGGACUCAUGAGCCUGCACUUUUACGGCGCUGAAGACCUCAAACCUCCACGCAUUGACUCUCGGGACGUCUAUUGCGCCAUCCAAGUGGACUCGGUUAAUAAAGCACGAACCGCUCUCCUCACAUGUCGCACUACCUUCCUGGAUAUGGACCACACCUUCAACAUUGAGCUGGAGAAUGCCCAGCACCUGAAGCUGGUGGUGUUCAGCUGGGAGCCCACACCGAGACGCAACCGCGUCUGCUGCCACGGCACGGUGGUCCUGCCGGCGCUCUUCCGGGUGACGCGUUCCCACCAGCUGGCGGUGAAGCUGGAGCCACGGGGGCUGAUCUACGUGAAGCUGAGCCUGAUGGAGCAGUGGCAGAACUCACUGGACGGGGGGCCAGAUGGAGACAGGGAGCCCCAGGUGUUCGGUGUGGAGGCGUGGCGGGUGGUGGAGAAGGAGAACACAGGACUGAUGGUGCCGCUGCUUAUAAGCAAGUGCAUCAAUGAGAUUGAGAAGAGAGGCUGCCAGGUGGUGGGUCUCUACCGUCUGUGUGGAUCUGCAGCCGUAAAGAAGGAGCUACGUGAGGCGUUUGAGAGAGACAGCCACGCCGUGGAGCUGUGUGAAAACACGUAUCCUGACAUCAACGUCAUCACAGGAGUACUGAAGGACUACCUACGAGAGCUACCCUACCCUCUGAUCACCAAGCAGCUGUAUGAGGCCGUGCUGGAGUCCAUGGCCGUGAGGCCUCUGCGCAUGGGAGCGGCAGGCUGCGAGAACGACCAGGCCGACUCGGAGCACACCGUCAGCCUGCUGGAGAACCUGCCGGAGGUGGAGAGGAUGACUCUGCGGAAGCUUCUUGACCACCUGAAGCUGGUGGCGUCCUACCAGGAAGUGAACAAGAUGACGUGUCAGAACCUGGCGGUGUGUUUCGGCCCGGUGCUGCUGAGCCAGCGUCAGGAGGCGUCGUGCCACACCAACCGAGUCUUCAUUGACUCCGAGGAGCUGGCCAGCGCCCUCCACUUCAAAAAGCACAUCGAAGUCCUGCACUACCUGCUGCAGCUUUGGCCAGUUGUAGACCCAUAUGGCCAGUCCUCCUCAGCCUCUUUGGGUCCAGCUUCAUCAGACCUGCUGUCAGCUCCUCCUCUACGGCGGAGAAAAGAGCGCCCCCAGGUCCUGAACUUCACUGAGGCGGAGAUGGCAGGGGUUCUGCGGCCCAAACCGGGGCGCCUGGACAGCCCCAGCAACCGCUACGCCGGUGACUGGAGCGGCUGUGGCGAGAGCUACUUCCCUUCUGAAAUGUUGCUGCCUCCCAGCAAAGAGGAGGCAGACUAUGACGAUGUGCCCUCUGAAGAUACAGAGGCAGCUGAGGAGGGGCAGGAGAAGCCAGAGGACACAGAGGAAGAUAAAGGGCAGGCGGUCAUAUGCCCCGCUUAUGAACCCGUAGAGCAGGAGCAACCUCCAAGAGAGGAGGUGGUGAAGGAGGAAGAUGAUGAGGAAGAGGAAGAGGAGGAGAAGCAAGGAGAGAGUGAUAGUUCAGGCAACGGGCAGCAUUUAGAAGAUGAGGAGGAGGAGGAGAGGGUGUGCGACCACAUCCUGCCACCACGGCUGCCCAAAGAGCACACCUACCAGGCCUACAUGAAGAUCCAGGACAUCAGCCCCGUGCUGAGCAACCGAGUCAACCUGAGAGACCUGCAGGAGAGCAUCGACACGCUGAUAGGAAACCUGGAGAGAGAGCUCAACAAGAACAAGCUCAACGUCGGAUACUGACUCCUACCACAGCCACACACACACACACACACACACACACACAUCCACUCAUACACUCUCACAGAGCCUGACGAGGUUUGGCGAAGACCUUCUUUUACCGAUCAAGGUGCUUCAGGAUACAGCCACAGUGUUUCCAUGGAGAUCCUGUGUGGUCACCGGGGGAACGUGGCAUGCAGUGCUGCUGUAAAAAAACCUAAAGGAUGAGAUGAGAAGAAAUGUAACGGGGCACUUCUGGCGUUUGUACCUUACCCAUAGACAUUCCUAAUGUUUUUAUUUUCCUUUUAUUUUGUCAACUGUCUUACUUUAUGUUGAUGUUGUUGGUUUGUUUCAGUCCGGUUCUGUGUUCCAUGUUGUUAUUGUUGCUUCUCUUCUUAUUAGAAGAACCCAUUGACCCCUCAGGGGUUUAAAAGGUGCCUUAAUUGUGUGAAGGUGGUACGUCGAGAUGAAAAUCCACCCUGGAAUAAAACACAUCCUCUCCUCUGAUCCUCAUACAGUGUUGGCAAUCGACAGGAUAACCUCAAUGAUGUAUGAAGUGGUUUUACAUCAAAAAAGACUACAGUAUAUAUUUUUCAGCAGGUACGAAUCCUCUCUGGGUACGUUGGGGCUUUACUCACUCAAGAUUAAGCAGUGAUACUGAUGCCAACACACAGAGCAAAUUUAGUGACAGACAGUAUUUAUUCACUUUUUAAAAAUUGACUAUUUUAAUACCAAAACAUCCCAGGGCUUCCAGAGUUUCCCCAGUUCUUGGCCAAAUCAGAAGCAACAUUUUGAUGUGGGACACUUCCACAUUCACUCAGUGGUAGGAACAAAAUCUGGGAUACAUUAGGCCUUUCAAUUAAGAAUUGGUUUCCAACAAAAAAUAUGUAAUUAGGUAAUUAAACUAAUUUAGAAAUGUGCACAGAAAACAAAACCAUCCUGUUGGUCGGGGCAGCCCCUCGUUCAUGUUUGGCAGCAGAAGAAAUAUGUUCCAAUAUUUUAUUGAACCUCGCUGUUAUUUACCAGAACAUUAGUCUCUAAUUCUGAAUGGAAAAACCAAUGAUUUGUUUCUGAAUUCCAGGGUUUCAAGUCUCUGGUUUCAUGUAGUUUCUACCUUGUAAUCUUAGUAUUUAUUGAAUGAGAUACUCCAGGGAUUUAAUGUUGCUUUUUCAGAAAAUUUGGAGACUUACAAUGGAUACAUUAGGACCUGAGUGGUCAAAAUGGAAGCAAGAGAGACUGAGAUAUCCUGAUUUUCACAGGCCCAAAACUCUAAAACACCAGAUCCCACAUUUCUAAAAAGUAUCUUUGCAACAUAAUGUUUUUUGGAAAGCUCCCCUUGAGCCGUAGAAGACAUUAUACAACAGUUUUCUAAGGCUGAGUAGAACUCCUUUUGAACUUUUUGUGAUUAAAAUCAGUGGAGUGUUCCUUUAAUGCAAACCAAGAUCACAGGAGGAGCUUGUGUAUAUUCUGUUUCAGGGUGGAUUUCCUUUUUAAGGCAGCAGAGAGCUUUUCUAUUGAGGUAUGAAACACUAAAUGUUGUACAACAAUAAUGCACUUAUGAGGCAGGCAGUAGUGUAGAUUGUCAUUAUAGAUCAUGCAGUAAAUCAUAUUCUGGCUAUGAACUGAGUCGAGGGAGAAACAGCCACCACUGAGACCUCCUCUUAGAGAUAAAUAUGAAAGAAUAUGGGUUGAAAUUAAUUUACUUUUGUGUAAGAUUUUUAAAUGUUAACACACCCAUCUACAGGCAUACACACAUUUGUCAGAGCUGGAUAAGGGAUAAGGGGAAUAACAUUCAGUGGUAUCUCUGUUCAUCUUUGUUCACAGGUGUACAGUAGAGAUGUGUUUGAUCUUAAGCAGGCAAUGAAAAAACAGAACACGUGUUUCAUGUGGCAUCAUGUUCACUUUAGGCCUAAAGGAAUAGUCCAACAUUUUGGGAACUGUGUUUAUGUGCUUUCUUCACAAGACUGCGAUGAGAGAAUCAGUGUCACUCUCAUGAGAACUAAAUAUUAAGCACAAAGCAGAAGGCUGUUAGCUUAGCUUAGCAUAAAGACUGGAAGCAGUGGGAAACAUCUAACCUGGUGCUACUUGAGUUACAUUUGUAAAAAUUGGCUACACUCAAAACCAAUUCAUUAUUGAUUACAAUCUGCAUCUUGUCCAGGAGACUGGCACAAGUUUGACCCUGACCAAUCAUCGUGCACAUCCUUGCCUGUUGUUAGAGAUGAGGGUCAAGAAAUUGUAAACACAGUUUUCCAGUAUGUACUGGUUAAUCUUCAUCUGUCAACCCCUAAUCUAAAGGUAAAACAAUCUUUUAAUCAAAAAGACAAACAAAUAGUGGAUCUUAUGUCUUUAUGCUAAACUAAACAUCUCCUGGCUCCAGCUGCAUACACACAUGUAUCUUCUCACUUAACGGAAUACAUGUUUUCCCCAAAACAUAAAACUAUUCCUUUAAACUCCUUCUGCAUCUCCCAGCUUUUGGCAAAACCGUGAAAUAGAAACAGCCCAAAUGUGAAGCACAAUUUUCAGAGCAGCAGUGGAAACUGUUAGCGGUGCGGGCUUCAGUUAGUAUGACUUAGCUAGCUGCCUAAAUCGACAAAGGACGUUUUCAGCAAUCCAGGGAUUCAGAAUGAUCAGUAUUUAACCUAUAUGUAUAUGUAUAUAAUUAUAUAAAUGUAUUCGGAGUAUAUUAUUUUUACAGCUUCUAUUUCAAUGGCGUAUUUAAAUACUUCCGAUGACCUCGUAGUGUUGACUUGUAGCAAUAGUCGCUUUUCCUCCCUUCAAGCUACCUGUACACAUCUAAAUGUGCUGGACUAAUGGUACAACUUUAGCUGUAAAAUAUAUGAUAAAAUUGUGCUCUUGCAGAAAAAGUGAUAUUGUUAUUUUUGUUAUAUUGUGUAUAUAUUUGACAUUGUUUUUUGUGUCUCUGGUGGACUAAGCUGUGUUCAUGUUUAUUUUUUUUUUUUUAAGGUACUGAACGUUGCAUGGUCAAAAGCUUUACUGACACAAACAAGGCUCUUUCUCAUCUGCCUUUGUAUUUGAUAUUUAUGUGUAAAAAGACUAUUUUGUAACGUAUGCUUGUUUGUUCGUCACCGUGUUCCUCUGAUAGAUAAUUGCAUUGAUAAAGCUUUUCUCCAGAGGAUGUGAAGGCAGACAGCGACUUAAUUUGGUGCGGUACUGGCUGGGAAACUUUACAGUUAUUUCCUUGGUUAGUUGUUUGAUCUGAAAUGCCAGAAAAUUGGGAAAACUAACAAUUCUGGAAAGCCCAAUGUGACAUUUUCAUAGUGCUAUCCUUGUCAAACCCACAGACAAGAGUCAAAGUUAUUAGGUUUACUGUCACAUAAGAUAGAAAAAAAGAAAAUCCUCAAAAUCAUGAGCUUAAACUUAUACAUUUUUGCUUGAAAAAUGACUAGACAAUUAAUUAUUAAAAUAGUUUUGUCAGUCAAGUAAUGUUUCAGCUCUAAAAUAUAUAAUCCUUAAACAUGUACAAAUAUUCAUUUACCACUCAGCCCAUCUCUACACAAAUAUUUCAGAAAAUGUUCAUCUCAAAUCAACAUCUACAGGCUAAUUACUGGAAAACAUGUCAACUUUUAUGUGGCUCAAAUCAGACUCACCUUUAAUGAGAUGUUAUUUUCUAGAGGAGAAAAAACAAGAGAAACUGAAUUGGCAGUAAGUGAAAUUGUUGCUCUGUUAUUUAUAUAUUUUUCAUAUCCAUUUUUCACUCAUGUUCCACAGCCCUCCCUCCUACAUGAUUAUCUCUUCAUGACCCUGCUGCUUCCUGGUGAAGCUGUGCCGGCUGCCGGUCUGAGUGGGUCUGGUGAAAAGUGAGGGCUUUCAGCAGGGUUCCUUUCAAACCAUCUGUCUGCCCAGGCAACACAAAACCAACCAGGGACUCAUUUAAAGAAGUCAGCACAGAGCAUCAGAUGCAUGCUAUGCAACUUUUAGAUCUCUCAUUGAAAUUUUAAAAUUGUUUUUUCAGAUCUGAAAGCUGCCCACACACAUUUCAAAGAUCCAAUUUGACUGAGAUGUUUUUAUGAAGAGGCGAUGCUCAAAGGAUACACUGAAGCUCGACGUCAGGUUUUUAUGGUCUUAUAAUAGAGGUCUAAAUUCAGCAUGAAGCCUGUUUUAGGCAAUACAGUUCUGUUAAAUUAGUUGGUCAGCUGCGUCCUGCAGAGAUGCAGUCUUGGGGACAGAGCCACAACCGCCCAAAUGUAACUGCUGAAUGGUUUAGUGGUAGCGCAACAUCAAGUUUAAUUAUCAAUGCAUUCCUCUCUGUCUUAUCCUCUGAGCUUCUCCCUCUGUCUGUCACAGGAUAAAUCAAUAGCAUAUAUACACCUGCAUUAUUGUUUUGGUGUUGCAUCUAUCUGUCUUGUCCUCUUUGUCCUUUGGAGAGAAAAUACCACACAACAAAAUAAACAAAACAGAAAAUUGCUUUGUAUUGAUCCUGAGAAAUGUAUGGUAAUAAUAAAGUAUAUUAUUUUACAUUCAA